AAUUUGCAUUAUUACUAAAGCCAAUAACAAAAAUUAGACGUGUAUUCAAAAUUUUCGAAAGGAAAGUUUUGCGGAAAUUAGUGAAAGUGGCUUUUUUGCAGAGAUCAUUGGCUUUUCUUCAAAGUGGUUUGAUUUUCACAAAAUCAGAUCUUGUGCGGCAAUAUUUGCAGCUUUCCAAAGGGACGCUUAUAAAAUAUCUUGGCGAUCUAAAGAAAACUUCUGAUUUUUGGAUUAAUGAAAAUCUUUUUGUGGCUAUUUAUAACACUUCGAAGAGUAGACGUGAUAUGCAAGAGACAAAGGCAAAUGUAAAGCAAGCAAAUGGGAAUUCAACAUCAAGUAACGCGACAACUGUCCAAAGUAAUGAGCACUUAGACAAUGAAAGCAGCGAAUCAAAUGAGCCUUUGCCAAGGCCUGAAUAUUUCAUCGCUGAACCACCGUCCGAUAUGCUACCAAAGUAUCGAGAGCUUCUCUUAGCUUGUCAGGAGCAAAUUGAAUUUUUUAGGAAUGAAAGCACCGAAAAGGGAUUACGUUUGUAUGCUGCGCUUUUGGCAUGGCAGGACUUUAUAAUUUUGUCAAACCAAUUGGUUCAGAAUAUAGAUAGCUUUGCUCAUAAUUACGAUUUCGAUGAAAAUACUCCUGGCAAUGGGUACCGCAGUUUUAUUAGCGUUACACAUUCCUGUGUAGAUCAUGGAUUGACGUUAUGUAGUAAUCUUUUGUCAUCGCGAGGUACUGUAUUUUUCCGUAAAAAGCAUUACAUGAAAGAAGUGGAAGCUUGCUCCCAGCUGCAGGCUUCACUGUGUAACUGCUUACGACAUUUACUUAUAUUGCAUGACUGGUCGAAAGGUACAUAUGAUUUGUUUGCCAAUGGAACACAUUCAGCCGAAGAAUUGUUCGAAGCCGGAGAUACCAUUAAUCAAUAUUGCUUUUAUGGCCGCUGCUUGGGCUUUCAAUACAGUGAUUCAAUUAAGGCUAUUUUGCGUAUCAUUAGCAUUAGCAUGGCGGGAUUUUCGGAGGCAUUCUAUGCAAGAGAUAUAGAUGGUCCUUUAGUUAAGACCACCCGCAGCGUGUGGACUAGCGGAAAGUAUCUACUUAAUCCUGAGGUGAAAGCGAGGCGCAUUGUUAAUUUAUCUCAAAAUGCCAAAAUCGAUUUUUGCAAAUCCUUUUGGUUUCUCGCUGAAUCAGAAAUAAUGCAUAAAUUACCCAGCGUAGUGGCGGCCUCUGUAAAAAUCAAUCAAUUAAUAGAAAUACCAACAGAACCUUUGCAAUUGCCAUGUGUGGGGACAACAAAUAACAAAGUUCCUUCUCGUAAAAGGUUAGAAAAGGACAUUGAAUGGGUUGAUAUACCAAUUCCAACAGCACAUCUAGGUGCAGGAAAACCAAUAACAGUGCGUUUGCUUAGUAGUCAGAGACGAGAAGGUAUGAUAGGCUUAGGUGGGAAAAGUUUCCGACAAUGGCGCAAAUUGCAACCUCGCAGUCGUGCUAUACUAUUUCAUUGUCAUGGCGGUGGCUUUGUAGCGCAAUCUUCCAAAUCCCAUGAAAUAUAUCUAAGAGAUUGGUGUGUGUCUUUAGAAACCCCUAUAUUGUCAGUGGAUUACAGCUUGGCUCCCGAGGCGCCUUUUCCGAGGGCGAUUGAAGAAGUGUUCUAUGCUUACUGCUGGAUGCUAAAGAAUGCUGAACACUUGGGCACUACGGCGGAACGUGUUGUGGUUUUGGGUGAUUCCGCUGGAGCUAAUUUAUCAAUAGCUUUAACUCUAAAGUGCAUUCAAAUGAAUGUUCGCGUACCGGAUGGGAUAUUCUUAGCCUACUGUCCUACUUUAAUAAGUUUUGUUCCCAGCCCAGCGCGUCUAUUGUGCCUUAUGGAUCCUUUGCUGCCCUUUGGAUUUAUGAUGCGUUGUCUACGCGCAUAUGCGGCACCCAGUUCAGAAACCAAGCAAGAAAAUUCUAAAAGUGAACAACUGUUCCACGAAAUUUGUAAAGCGAAUGAACAAGAACCUCAUUAUAAGCUUACUUUAGACGUUAAAUCAUCAAAAAUCACCUCUCCAACUAGGAGCCCACAGUCAUCGGUCGCUGAAAACUCCAAAUGGGAGCAAAUCAAAGUUAAGGGAGAGAGUGGCGCUGAAGAAGCCAUUGAAUUGGCCGAAGAGGAAAUGGAAGAUAGUAAUGACAAUACUUUUGCCAGUGCCUCCUAUCGCAGCCCAACAGUGGAAAACACCGAUUUGCCUUCAUUCGAGGAUGAUACUUCUUUGCUUUCAUUUGAAGAUGAUUCACAGCCCAUUGAACAUUAUCCAAUCAACAAAGAGAAAAAUUCCGAAUCUGUUAGAUAUGUAGAUAAUUUUCUUGAGUCCUACAUAGCCGAAGAUUCAACCGAAGAGGCUAAAGAAGCCAAUGAAUUGCACACCAUGACAGCAAAAACUUUAUCUGAAGAGAACUUAUUAACAAAGUCGGGUAAAGAUGCGGUGCGAAGCAAGUUUCAACAAGCUUUAAAUAAUCUCGCGAAUACGUUUAAUCGGAUCACGCAAUCGUAUGACAUAAAACCAGACGGAGUCCCCUUUAAAGAAAUUGAGGAUCUGCGCAACAUGGAUGCAUUGAUAGCUCGAAGUCCGAGCGUUGAGUUUGCAUUUCAAGUACCUAGGGACCCAUUCCUGUCACCAUAUUACGCCUGUGAUGAAUGGUUACAAAAAAUGCCCAAUACAAAAAUAUUGACCAUCGAAAUGGAUCCCUGUUUAGAUGAUUGCGUUAUGUUUGCCAAAAAAUUGAAAAGACUUAAUAGACCGGUUACUUUAGAUAUAUUGAAAGGCUUGCCACACGGUUUUCUUAAUUUUACUAUGCUAUCGAAUGAAGCCAUGGAAGGUUCGAAACAUUGUAUUCAGUGCUUGAAAGAGCUGAUGGCUUUAAGCAGUUUACCGCCCACCAGUGCCAACUCUAGCUCCACGUCCACAGACAGUCGAGAAAAUUAAACAACAAAUUCUUAUUGAAAUUCGUUUUCCCACCAUCCCAGUUUGUUUUCUAUUUAUCAGGACAUAAAGAAAAAAAAAUAAUCAAGAGUAUUUCAAAUACCAAAUUAUAAAUUAAGAAAUUUUUAUAAAAACGCAAAAAUCAUUCGAAAGAGAUUUAAAUUGUAACGUAACUUGUUUAAUUUAUUUAUGUAUUUAUUUUCCUUAAUUCGUUUUAUAAAUUGUGUUCCUAAUUUACGCUAUAAAAUAUCAUGUGUAAUAUGUACACAUCUUUUUAAAUUCAUUAUACGUUAUACUCGAACUCAUUCCUUUUUUAUGUUAUGAAAAAAGAAAAAUUUCGUUU